GUAUUGUGAAUUCAAAUUUCAAAAAACGACCCAACAACUCUCUCCUCUUCACUGAUUGAUUGCAUAAAUCCCAACUCGAAAAAGAGGAAAAUUACUAGAACCCCACAAGAAAUUUUGAAAGAAAAGUAAUACCCAAAAAGAAAGAAUCGAUUUUUGUUUUGUAUUGGGGCCUUGGGCGUUUUGGGUUCUGUGGCGAUUAUCAAUGAUAUGUGCUCGCAGUUGAGGCGUGAAUUGGGGUUUUUUUGCUGGUCUUUGGUAGGGUUUCUUGAUCGAUCGGUUUCAAGAGCAAUGGGCUGUUUCUUUGAUUGCUUCAAAGUCAGAGAUGAUCGCCAUCGACCUCGAUCGCACCUUGUUUCUGAGCCACCUUGUUCCAAGUACAGGGCACCUGUGGUAGCUCGAAAUCAGUUAUCAUCUCUCUUCCUGUCUGAAGAAAAUGAAGAAUCCCCAAAGAAGGAUUCGGGUUCCAAGUCUUUUGGGUCUCCACGGUACACCAAGGAGUUGAUGGAUGAGGCCAAAUUUCUUAAGGCAUGUGGGGCUAUAGUGGAGACCCCAGCUGAAAUUCGGAAAACAUCCAGAAAGCUUUCAAAUGCUUCCCUUGAGUCAGGUUCUGCUGAACGUUCACCUAGCAGUUGUAUUACCGGUGAACAGACUCAAAGAGUCUCUGCUCAGCACAUUGAAGGCAGUGAGAAUGGAAGUGAAGCUGCUCUUAGUAGUCCUGAUAAUGUGAUGACUACAUGCCGGAGUAAAUCUGUACGUUUUGAAUGUGAUAUAAACGAAUCCCCCAGCCGAAGUUCAUCUGGAAGCGGAAGAGAAAAAGUAAAAGGAUUUGAUUCAUUAGGCAAUAGGAGUGUAUCAAAGUCAUCGCCUUAUCCAACUCCUCUACAGCUAUCUGACGAAAUGCAAACUCCCGGAACUGUUUUUCCAGCAAACUUGGAUCAUGGGAAAGCAAGAAUCAGGUCCCAGUACGUUUAUUCAGUUAUGAACCCGGUUGAGAGUGCCGCUCAAUUGAAGGCACUGAAGGAAGAAGAUUCUAACCUGGAAGGAGUUUCAAAAGAAAUGGGAGAAUCUGUUGAAGAGCUUGAAAUGAUGACACCUAUGCCAGAAAGGAAUGUGAGAGCAAAUGCACGUGAGAAGGACUUGAUGGUGGAAGCAAGCUUGUCUGCUUGGUUGAAACCAGUAUCUACUCAUGAUGAUGAUAGCAAGAAAUUUGGAGCUGCACAUAGGUCAAUUCGUGUUGGAAAAAGUGCAGGGGACAGGCCAAUCAUAGGGAUGGUUGCCGCUCACUGGAACGAGGAUGAACCUAUUCAAGUCUCACCCAAGGAAUGGGAUGGGAACGGAAUCCCAAAUUCCACCAAUAAGUACAAGGAGGAUCAAAAAGUGAGUUGGCAUGCGACACCAUUUGAGGAGAGGCUGGAGAAGGCCUUAUCAGAAGAAAGCAUAGUUACAAGGAAGAAUUUCCAAGGAAAGCUAGUAGCUUUUGAUGAGGAAGAUGAUACAGCAGUUUCGCGAUUACAAUCUUCAAUCCAGCGAAGUUCAGUGGUAUCAUAUUGAUAAAACAAGUACAUUCUUUUAGGGCUGCGCUAUCCAACUCAGUUGUGAAUGGUAGCUUCAAUCUGCCAUAUAGUGUGACUCAUGAAAUUUAUAUUUUGAAAACUCUAUCAUAUCACAUCAUUUGAUAGUUUUCUACAAUGAAAUAGAACAAGAAAGUGGCUGAAUGUUCCACAGCUUACCUUUUUUUGUAGUGUUGCUUAUAUAGCAGCAGUAAAAGGAAAAAAAAAAAAACUUGCGUUA